AUGAGUACGGAAGUCAAAUGUAACAGGGAUUCCUGUCCAGUAUCAAGACAAACUAUGAAAAUUGUUUCAAACUGUCCAACCAGUGAAUCAGAAUGGAACGAAGCCUCUCAAAGAAAGAACUGUUCAGCUUUUGCCAGCCAAUGUAGUAAACCUGACAAAUUCGUGUACCAUUGUGUGAUUAACCCAUUUGUCGAUCAACUACUGGAAGUUUGUGCCUAUGAAAAAGUCAUUGUAUUUGGUUAUUGCACGGAGUACAGCAAGAGUGGCAACAUAAUUCAGGAGAACUAUCGCACAAAUUGUUCUAACUUUACCCAGAAUCCCUGUCCAACUAGGUACCAUUCAAAGGAGGCAUACAAAUACCCCGGUUGCUAUAAUCUGACAAAAAUACCAAUGGUGCAAAAUUCAUUUCCAAUAUCCUAUGAGCAAUCAUCGGUAUACAUGCGAACUGAACAUGUAACCAAGGUGCUAGAGCCUUACACAGAGCAAUCUGAUGAGCAUAUGGAAGAUAACAAUCGCGGUGGCAAAAGUGUAAUUGGAGUCAUUGCUGUCAUUGCUGUCAUUGCUAUAGGCAAGCGUGAGUUCUAUGUUUUCCGAGGAGAAAAGUAUCCCAAAUAUGAUGAAAUAUACAUCAGAAUUGAAUAA